UGCCAGCAGUUGCCAGCCACCGCUUAGCUCGGCUCAACGUCACUCAAGUUUUGUUACUCUGUAUUAAUAGACUGUUUACGUUCAGUCUCCUUUAUUUUUUUUUAAACUGUAGAGUUACUGCUAUAAAGGUUAGCUCGCAGUGCGCCAAUUUGAGUCGUAUUAUCACUGUUAGAGUGAAUUUAGUUAAGUCCCCGGUGUUCUCCUCGGCUGCCCGGAUGUGCAUGUAGUGUGGCUGGUGUUAUUGUGUCUCCUGGCGGUGUUGUGAGCGAGGGGUGUCCUGGGCAUCGUUGUAGGCAGCAGGUGUGGGGUCGUGCUACAGGGAGGGCAGGGUGCAGGGAGCGGCCGGCGGUACAGACGAGAGGACAGUGCUGAGGUGCGCGUGGCUCUGCUCACUUGCCUUAGUGUCGCUCUCCUCUCGCCGCCUAACACAGCGCGCCCAGUCCCUCUUUCCUGGGUAAGAAGUGCUCACGUUCCCGCCGCAGCACCGGGUACCGCCCUAAGUUUGUGUUGAUGGGCCAACUGUGAUAUCGCCGCGGCAGUGAGUGCGAGGCUGACGGCGGCAUGUCAGGGAGCGGCAUGAGCAAGCAGGACUCCGGCGGGGUUGCCGAUGCCGGGGCCGGGGGAGUAGCAGCAGCAUCAGCAGCGGCGUCAGCUGUAGCAGAAAGUAAGCUUAGACAAAGAACAGUGGCCGAUAGUCGAGACCAGAAUUGCUCACAGUUUCACAAUGGCGCGCUGGUCUCUGAGGAGAACUCAAGCAGUAAGCAGUGCUCGCUACACCUGUGGUCCAGAAAGGCGCUGCUCAGACGCAAGGACCUUCCCAAGCACCUGCAGUUCAACCCCUACAUCGAGACGGGCUACCGGCCUCUCCUGUCCGCGUGGGGCUGUCUCAUGAGCCUCUUCUAUUUCCAUAAUGAAACCAUCAACAUCAUCACCCACGGCGUGCCCAUGCUGUAUAUCCUGCUGUGGUGGCCGACGCUGCUGCCCUGGUCUGACAUCACGGUGCCGGUCCUGCCCUGGAUCCACCUGGUGUCGACGGUCAGCCCCUGGGUAGGCUCCACUAUCUACCACCUGUUCAUGAACCCACCGCGCGGGGAAUCUUGUUAUAAGUCCCUGCUGCACCUUGACAUGUUUGGGAUCUGGAUCACGCAGAGCUUCGGGGCGCUCACCACAGUGUACGCCUCCGUGUCUUGCCUAAGCAGCCCCUGGAUAUGGAGGGUCCUUGCAGUCUACUGUGCCGUGUCCCUCUGGUGUUUGUAUAAGGCUUCGCACGCCCGUAAUCCCUGGGAGCGGCGGUUCUGCUUCACCCUGCCCUUCCUAAUGCGCGCCGUCUCCGCCACGCUGCGGGUCACGGCCUGGGGGGGCGGCCACCCUCGAGCCUUCAAACACAUCAUAUUACAGGAUCUAUUGGCGGUUCUGGGCGGGUUCGUGGGAGCCUUGCGGGUGCCUGAGAAGUGGGUGCCCGGGCGCCUGGACCUGCUGGCCAACUCACACCACAUCAUGCACGUGGUGGUAGUGUACGCCGUGUACCACCUCCACCAAGGCGCCGUGCUGGACCUCGUCUGGCUCUCCGGCAACACCGCCUGCCUCCACCCUGCCGUCGCCUCCCCCACACCGACACUCUAAUACACAUACGCACAGUUAUACGCGACAUUGCUAACACGCACACAAGUGACAGGUAAACAUUCAUAAAUACAUAUAUUCAUUCAUACAUGAGUGAAGCUACAUAUCCAUCAUCAUUUUGCUCCUUCCCUUCCUUUCGUUUCUCUUUCUUCUGCUUUCUCUUCUUUCUUUCUUUCUUUCGUAAAUUUAUUCCUCCUCCUUCGCUUCCUUCUAUAUCCACCUUCUCCCCAUUCUUCUUUCUUUUCUUCCUUCAUUUUCUUUUCCUCUUCCUUGUUUUCCUUCUCCUUUUUUCCUCUUCCUCCUUGGUCAUGCAUUGUUACUACGUUUUCUGUAUUUCAUCUGGACACACACACACACACACACACACACACACCAGACCUCACUCAGUAGUCAACCACCACCACCACCACCACCACCACAGCGGGUUACAUUCUGUUUCGUUCGUCUUAUCAUUUUAAUACGUGGUUGGUUACAAGAUGACGCGCAGUAUUAAGUAGGAGUUCUUAUAGCUAAAUAUUUCAUUCGUAUAGCUGCUAGUCACGUCACGUCAUUUCAUUCCUGUUAGUAAGCUGACACCCAGCACUGACCGGCACGUGAGGAAGGGGAAAGAAGCAGGAAGAGUGUUAGGUCAUAUUGGGCUGUCAACUAUAGGGACCUUAUUUAGAUUUAGUUCGUGUUUCUGGAUAAUGUUUGACCCUUGUAGCCUGUGACAGUUAACGGUAUUUUUAUUAUUGUUUUUUUUCCAUGUAUUUAUUAAUCAUUUUUUUAUUUUAUUAUUUAUUUUAUUUUUUUUUCUAUUCGGACCGUAUUCUCUGACUUUUCGCGUCUUAUUUUGACUACUUUUAAAAGGCUUUAUCAGAAUUUAUUUGUGAGCGUUUUCAAAGGUGUUUUUCAUCAUUCUAGUACUAGGUUAACAGGUUUUAGGGAAUAAUUGGGACUCUCAAGGAUGUGUUAUGGAUUCUAGUGAUAGUUUAACAAGAAUUCCACAUCACCAAUGAAACACACACACACACACACACACACACACACACACACACACACACACACACACACACACACACACACACACGAAAACUCGGCUAAUGAUCUGUAUGGCCUUUUAAAAUAGUCUUCAUCAGAUGCCAAGGAUUUCAGAAUACGGGGCCUGGACCUUGGAGCACAAACAUAUUUUAUUUAGUUAAGUUUUAGUAUUUGAUUUCAGAUGUUUUGUUUUAUACUUCAUAGAUUUAUUUGUCCCCUCUUUUUUUCCGGGGUGUUUCGAAUGGACAGUGUGUAUAUAUUGAAGAUGGACAGUGUGAUUUUUUAUGUACAUUUGGUAGAGUUUAUCAUUGAAUGUGAGGCAUUUAUACAAGUGACCCGCCCUCUCAGUUCUAUUCUUCUCUAAUGCUCUCAUUAUUACGUGUUUAUGAAGUACGGGAAUACAAGCUCCGCUGUGAUGAAAUUUUCACUUGCAGUUGAUACUCACAUUAUUAAUCAUAUUAAACUGUAUACAUAUUACCGGUUAUUAAUUUUGUGUUUGACUCAUACGUACGAAAAUAAUGAAUGGCAGUUAGAUAUUUCGAUCGGUGUUGUCAAAGGCAUUCAGUUAAAAGUCCUUAAUUAUAUAGUCAGGCAUAGAAAGAAGUAUCACACAAAAAAUGGUCACAAUUGAUAAUAAUUGUUUGCUCUUGUAUGUACGAUAAUAAUGAAAGACGGGACGAAGGUUUGGUGUCAUGUCGCAAAAGUUUCGAGUUACUCGGUAGUGUUUCGUGUCUUGUUCUUAUGUUGCCAAUGUUUGAGGUGCAAGAGGAACAGUGGAGGGGUGAGAAAUGACUUUGAGAAACUGAAAGGACGCCUGGGUUGGUAAGAGCAAGAUAUGAAUUGAGUUUGGGGGUUUGAAUGGCGAGUAGCGAGACAUCAACGUGUUUAGCUUAUAUUCUCUCUCUCUCGCUCUCUCUCUCAGCUAGCCUUGACACACAUUGACAUCCAGGUAGCCUAAAAGAAAGAAAAAAAAAAAAAAUAUUUGCUACUUUCUCAAGUUUAUCGUGUGAACUUUAAAGCGUGACUGGGUUUCAAGGCCACGUGUUUUCUUCCCGCGUCCCUCUCACUUGUCUUAUACACUGACACUUGCAGAUCUACUGGCUUUUUUGUACUUUCCUUUAUGUUUUUUUUUUUUUUAUGAUUUAACCACAAGCUGAGAGGAUUGGGUCACCUUUGUGUGUGUGUGUGUGUGUGUGUGUGUGUUUCAUGGGAACAAUGAUAAUCUUCAGUGCAAAAGAAGACGGAAGGAAAUAUUUGAACGUGUAACCUCAAGUUGUCCUCAGGCGAGUGCUGGCGUGGUGCUGAAGGCGUCACUGUCGGCUGAAGGAGGCAUUCCCUUGUUGAUAUAUUUUCAUCAUUCAUUACCUAUACACAUCGGAGUCCAUAAAGAUUUGUUGAUCACACGUCAAGAGCUGUGCCGACUAUCAGGGGCAAAGAUAUUCAGGGAUUGGAUUUGAGCAGUUACUUUGAGAUAUUUAAUCCGUAUUCUGAAAUGUUUUGGCGUCUUAUUACAGCUAUUUUGAACAGGCUGUAGAGGAAAUUAUUGAGGUUUUCAUAGGCGUUUUCAUGAUUCUAGUGAUAGUUUAACAAGUUUAACAAAGAUUCCACAUCAUUAUUGGAGAAAACACCCAUGAGGACCUGACUAAUUUCUUGCCUCGUAAAAUAGUAGUAAUAAGAGCUCAUUGUUUAAGAGUACAGGGUUUAAUCUUUGCACGAAUUGAGUGGAGCUAGGCUAUCCUUUGUGCCACAUUCUAACACUACCAAUGCAAUACUGAUAAGAUUACUGUGAGUCUAUUGGGUGACCAAAGCUGAAUAUAGAUGUAUAUGUAUAUGUAUAUGGCUAUUUAAUAUAUAUACCAGGGACUGAUUACUGAACCAAAAGGUGUGCAUUGUUAUGGAUGAAUGAAAGGAUUUUUUGAGUGUUUAUUUAAUUGGUGUUGAUAUUUAUUUGUAGAUUUUUAUCAUUUUUGCCACCACCGGUGCUGAGUUUUGACAGAUGAGGUAUUGGUGUUGGUGGCAAAUAGUUCAGGGUAUUCAGUGUUACACAAUUGGCUGGAAACACUUGUUACUUUCAAACCCUCAGGCUGUACAUGCAUGAAGUAUUCCCCUUUGCCCAGGACCAAAAGGAUAAUGCAUGUAGUAUAUUGAUUUCAAAGGUGGAAUGGAACCAGGUGUACAUUUAUAUAUAUUUUCACUGCUUGGUAAUCUUGUGUAGGCAUUAAUGCUGAUUUGUGUUGCUCCAGCUGUUUUCCUGGAGGGGUGAGUGGUAGUGCAACACCCAGUGAUGUAUAAUCUUGUACAUGAAGAGAUCUUAUAACAAUACACAAGUAGAUCUUAUACAGUACAUAAAUAGUUCUCACAUAGUACAUUAGUUCUUACACGGCCACAACCUUUGGCUUAGUGUGUGUGUACAAGUGAGUAAGACAACUGCUGCUGUGGGAAGAAGAGGCAAAGUAUACAGAAAUGUGACAUACAUUGGUGGCUGACAACUUGUGGCUUUUGCCUGUGCGUACAAGAGUCAGUCUGCUGUCACGGGAAGAAAAGUUACAUGAUGCAGAAAUAUGACAGGGCGUUGUGACUCUUCGUAAGCAUGGCAGGGUGUUGUGACUUUGUAAUGUGCUUGGUGAAGAUGACCACCACCACCACCGCCACCACUAGUAUCACGGUCACCACUGUGCUCAAAUGGCUCUUCGAUGACCUGUUACUUUUCUGUUAACCUGCGUGCAUGGUUUAUAAUUGUGGGUAUGUACGUGGUAGUGAAUGGCCUCACUUGAUGAUGGUGUUGGGAGAGGCCAUGUAACAGAAGCCAUCUCAAGCUGAAGCAAUUGUUUCUAUUAAGACUACAACAUUUAAGUACAUGAAAAUGAAGUGUUAAGAAUUUUUGAUGUUUAAUCCACAAAGAAAUCAGGUUACAGAACAGAGAACCAUGCAAGAGUAGCCAUCAGUAGCCAUUUAAAGGUGAAGGAAGGAUAUGAAUGUGUUUAUGUGGCUUACUGAUAUAUUUGAGCACUUGAAUAUGAAGAAUGUAAGGAGAUUUGAUGUUUUAUCCACAAAUGAUGCAGGUUGUAGGACAGAGAGGCUGUGCUGCCUCUCUUGCCCAAUACUUACGAAAAUUAUUACACUGUUUAUUGUCAGUGUAGCUAAGAUGUAUAGAUGUAACUAGAGGUGUUAGAGCCAAGUUAAGAGCCAGAAUAAUAUGGAGCAAAUAACCUCACCUUGUUGUAAGACUAACAAACUCCCAUUUGAUAUAACAAUGGAGCAAGUGUUUGUAGCACCUCUGUUCUUAGGGUAGAUAUUAGAAGUAGCCAUUCUGACCUGCUUCCCACUAUGCUUUUUACAGUAGACACCUUUUCUUGCUUCAGUAGAGACUAUCAGGAAAAGAACAAAAACAAGAAAUCAGGUCUUCUUUGACUAAACAAUUGAUCCAGCAAGCAAAAUGUAUAUUCACUAAGGCUAUUAAUAUAGGGUUAAAUGAUGGGCAGGCGGGUCACUGUGUGUGGUACCUAGUGCUGUUGCUGCUGUGUGGGGUGUGGCUGUUAGCUUUCUAGGAAGAACUUCAAGGUUUCCUGUGAGAUUUACAGUCUAGUCAGAAAGAUAUUUAGUCCCCCUUUAUCAGUAUUUGCCGUUUUAUUAUUGUAUCUUUAAAGGAAACGGUGGAUAAUUGUAUAAUGAAUCAGAUUUCACCACUGUAAGCUACUAUAGUGAGAGUUGUGUACAUAUACCUAUUUCAUCGUUAUACCAUAUAUUUGUACAACAUACAGGCAAGUUCAAAGUAACCAGUUGUAAUACUCGUGUGUUUCGUGUUGCUCACCAUUAAGUCAUAAAACACACACUUCAACUCAAGGUCAAAAUGGGCUGAAGCACCAGGGAGGCAUUGAAUCCUCCUCAUAUCACAAUGUGUGUCUUGGUGUAGCUUGUUGCACUCUAUUACUGAAGUACCCUGGGAACUUGCUUGAACCUGGCAGGAAGCAUUCAGAAAGCAAUCUCUGCCGUGCCACUCAGGGUGGGGCAAGGUGAGGGUAGCCUUGGUCUGGGGUGACAGCUGGUGUGAAGUGUUGGCUUUUGUUCUGGGUCUUUGAAAUCUCUCAGCCCAAUCAGCUAUUUAGCAUCAGCUAUUACUAACAUAACCAUGGCAUAAAUCCCUGUUAUCUUGGCUUUCUGUGGUCACAAUCAUCCAACUGUGUUCCACAGCUAGUCUUUCUUGAGGAACCCUAUUGUGACCAUCCUUAUUAAGGAUAUAUGACAUCUGGAUAUUGAUAAAAUGACUGAUUAAUCACAUUCCUAAAAAAAGAGUGAAGGUAUGGAGCCACUCACAAUGUUGUGCCCAUCACACUACUGUGUAAGCUAAGUAGUGGCAGGAGUCAAGCCCUUUGUGUCCCUUUCUCAGGAGGCGUCCCAUUGUUGCAGCUCAUUGGACAGAGCAUUGACGACUCACUCUUGGCAUUGUUCCCCUAAGUGGCCUAGCUCAAAACUUUGUCCUAGUUAUCAGCAUCAAAAUAAAUGGAAAUAUUUAUGGAAGAAAGAUUAAAUGAGAAAUUAAGAGAAAAUGCUUUUAAGUGGAUCACCAUAUAAAAAGAAAACAUGGUUGUGACAAAGGAAUGAUGUCAAGUGUGGCUGGGCAGUGGAAGCAAUAUGAGGUAUUGUGACAGAUGUUAGUUCCUGGGUUCAGAUAAGUCAUUUCACCACUGUUCACAUUGUCCCAGCAUCAUCCCCUGAGAAGUGCCCAUUAUGAGCAUCAUCUGCACAUGUAUAGAAUUGAGGUGUGUUCAUUGGCUGCUGUCCUAUCAUGCUGUGGUCCUUUGAGAGGGAGGUGUUGAUGUGUAAACACUGGACUUGAAUCAAGAACUUCCUGUGUUCUAAAUCCUUGGUGGCACGGCACCUAAGGCCAGGUGUCACAGAUGUCCUACAGACACUCUGGACUUGAAUCAAGGACUUCCCGUGUUCUAAAUCCUUCAUGACAGCACCCAAGUACAGGCAUCAGAGAUGUCUUAACUGAUUUACUGUUGUUAUCAAGAGUGUUAGCAGCUAGAAAAUGAGCAAACCAGGUGAGCAAACAAUGCAUCCUUGACAGUCACUACCAGCAAAGGUUUUACCAAGUCGAGCACACAGACAUGUCCCAUUAAGGGGCCAAGGCAGACCAUGCUGAAAGGGGGGAGCUAAUACUGAGUAACCAUAUUUAUGAACAGUAUUUGGUUGUAUGUGAUAAGCACAGUAGAGGCUUGAGUCAUACCUAAUGAUUAAGUUUUGUCCUCAGACAAAUAUCUUUUAUUCUGUCACAGCUUAGCUGUAUCUUAUAAAGGAAUCAUAGAUAUAAGAGACUAUCUAUACUAAUUUUGGGAGCAUUUUUCAAAUUCUGUAUGUAUACAUAGUUCACCAAGAUAGUUGUAGCACAUGCCUUCAGAUCCUGUAGGGCCUCAUGCCAGGCUGUGAUGGCUGGACUGAUUAUGAUGUCAGGUGUCUGUAGGUCCUAAAAAAAUUAGAACUGGACACAUUUACUGGCUUGUGACAACUUUCAUGUUGUGCUUUGAGCCGGCACGGAUCUUUGGCAAGACUCGUGGCUGAGGCUUGACUGCCGUGGCUGCCUCUGUGCGCUACCUGAUGCUUGGCAGGAGCUUGUUGAGUUGUGUAGGUGAGUAAGGCAGUGCAAUAAAUAGAUGGUUAGAUAAAGAAAAUAACACAAAAAAAAAAGAUGUAAAAGCUUUGAGUCAGAGUAAUGUUACUAGUCAUGUAAGCGAUCUCAAGCAAGGAGGAUUAUGAUAAGUAACUAGAUUAGAAUUCACACCAUUACAAACAUGAAGAUUUGUGUAUCGUUUGAAAACACUUGAAUCAAAGUAUCUUUUAAGAAUAUUUAAUCUUUGCUUGAGGCACCAAAAUUCUUGGCUUUACUGAAGGUAAUGUGAUGGGUCCUCACUUUAAACGGCACCAAGGUCACUCUGGCAGAUAUGUGGUAUCAGGUUACUCUUUUAGUGGGGACAAAUUUCCUGACAACUUUUAUACUUCAUUAUCCAGUGCUAUUACUCUCAGUGGGACAACUUUCUUCUCAUGUCUUACAUUUUUCUGUAUUCAGUGUUGGUCCUUUGCUCUUUCAUUGUAUUGUCUGUUAAAGUGGUGAUUCGCCAAGUUCGGAAGUGCCCUUUAAAGUGUUGUAGAAAGGCAGGUGACAAGAGGUGCAUAGGGACGGCAGUUCACUGAAAUUUCAGCCAUAGAAGUAUAGCAGGAGUUAUUAGAUCAGGUAAAAUACAUGGUACUGUGAAGCAAAGUCCAUGCAAGUUUUGAGUUAGCACAUACUUGAGCUCAGUGUGACUUGCUGACAGCACUCACUGUUCUGGGUUGAGGCAGCAAGUGUCAGUGCUGGCAAAACCUGAAGCUGUUUCCCACAUUAUAGGUAAAGUUUGUCUCCUUCCUGAUGGAGAACCUUGAUAUUUCACACCUGUUAAUCUCUUGGAGCUUUGUUUGCCACUGGUGUCUACUAAACCUGCCAAAUAUGCCUUUGUUUUUUAUAACUGUGCAAGUCUGUAGCUGGGUUUUGGAGACUGUUCUUUUCCACCUUCCCUUAAUUGUAAUACUAAAGUCUAGGAGUUGACUAUCAUCAUAAAUUACAUUACAGAGUGCCUGCUUAGUGUAGUAAUUUACAUUUUGACUAUUAGGAAACAAUGGCAAAGAACAUGUUAUUGGCUUUGUACGUGCUCCCAGACCCCUUAAGCUGCAGCCUCCACCACUGCUGGUUUCUUGGGUGAUGAAAUGAGCCACUUGUGUUGCUGCUAUUCAUUUUCAUCUGUCGCUUGGAAAAGAAAAAAAAGAAGAAAAAAAAAGAAAAAAAAUCUUGACGGAAUCAUAUUUGUGAGGUUGCUUCCACUACUAUUAUUUAACACUUUGCAGCAUAAUUUGAUUAGGAUGUUAGUGACAAUGCCUUGAAGCUCAUGUGGCGGCAGGAGUUGCUUCCACCUUAGUGCCCAGGAGUGACCGAAAGCAUGAAGAGUGGUGCAUCAUCUCUGCCCCCUGUGGCAUAUCCCUUCAGUUUCAUAGCAUAUUUAUAAUAGCAUUAGCCUUAAAAAGAACAUCAUAAUUAAAGUUAGGUAUUACAGUAUAUGCAUUGUUACUUUUAAUUAUACAUAUAUGUGCAGGACACAAUAUAGUAUGUAUGGGCACAUUGUCAACACAAAACUACAUUAGUUAGUGCACUUUACCACCACUAGCAAAUGUAUGUUUUCUCUCCCUAAUUCACCAUUGGUAUUGGUGUUCAGUGCUUUGUUAUGCUGUCACAAGCUCACAGCAGUCCUAGUGGGAUUAGUCAGGGAUCCAUAUAAUUUGUUCCACUCCAGCAGACUCAUGUUCUUGGUUUUGGCUGUCAAAAAUACCCCAACAAUAACUUCAUGUUUUUGUUGUCGCAUGAUACGUUUAUGUCUCGGCAUUUGAAAUAUGUUUCCUGUUUCCAUUGGCAUCUUAGCACUUGUUUUGUAUAGCAUCAGAAACUGUAGCCAGAGUGUGCUGUCCCUCAACAAAGGUCAAUAAAAAGUUAUCAGAUAA